AAGAGCAUCUUAAUCUGAGCUAAAUUUGGUUUCACCUGGGCUCUCCCUGACCAGGACCUAAGGCUGGGGCAGGUUCUGGGCCUUGGGGCUGGUUAGGGGUGACCCUUCCUAAUCACAGGAGUCUCUGGGGGCCUCAGGGGCUCUGAGCUGUGCUAAGGAGGAUGGAGUCGGGGUGACAGGCGCCCCUAAAGGGAAAUGCCAUUCCCCACGCACAGGCUGUCAGCCCCAGGAAUGGGAGGAAGGGCCACCCCUGCAUCCGCUUGACCUCACCUCCCUCUCCCCCCAAUUCCAUCCUGGGGAAAUCAGCGCCCACGCGGACCCCAGGCCGGCUAGGUUUCGUUUCCCCCGCGCGGCCGCCGGCCCCUGCCCGGCCGGGAGUUUCGUUUCCCCGCAGCCGGGGGCGGGGCCCCGCGCCCCUUAAAGCGGCCGAGCGCGCUGCUGCGCCACAUCUGCGCUGCACGGGGACCGGGAAGUGCAGGACACCGGCUCCCCGUUUCCACCCAACUGUUGACAUUACCCCUUCAAAAAAGGGAGCACAUAUUGGAGGAAGAAGAUGGUUCUUUCCGAGGUGGAAAUCGCAAAGCCUGACUCGGCUUCUGCAGCCGCCCAUCAGUUACUAAAUGGAGAUGUCGGUAUGGCUAUGGAAACUCCGGCCCCGGGGGCCGAGGACAACCCUGUGCAGCAAGUACGAGGAGAAGGUGCGCCCCUGCAUCGACCUCAUCGACUCCCUGCGCGCGCUGGGCGUGGAGCAGGACCUGGCCCUGCCGGCCAUCGCCGUCAUCGGGGACCAGAGCUCGGGCAAGAGCUCCGUGCUGGAGGCGCUGUCCGGAGUUGCCCUUCCCAGAGGCACCGGAAUUGUGACAAGAUGUCCUCUCGUGCUGAAACUGAAGAAACUCGUGAACGAAGAUGGGUGGAGAGGCAAGGUCAGUUACCAGGACUUCGAGAUGGAGAUUUCCGACGCCUCGGAGGUGGAAAAGGAAGUCAGUAAAGCCCAGAACGUCAUCGCUGGGGAAGGGAUGGGCAUCAGUCACGAGCUCAUCAGCCUGGAGAUCAGCUCCCCCCACGUCCCGGAUCUGACUCUCAUAGACCUUCCCGGCAUCACCAGGGUGGCCGUGGGCAAUCAGCCUGCUGACAUCGGGCGCCAGAUCAAGGUGCUCAUCAAGAAGUACAUCAACAAGCAGGAGACCAUCAACCUGGUGGUGGUCCCCAGUAACGUGGACAUCGCCACCACGGAGGCGCUGAGCAUGGCUCAGGAGGUGGACCCCGAGGGGGACAGGACCAUAGGAAUCUUGACCAAGCCCGAUCUGGUGGACAGAGGCACGGAAGACAAGGUGGUAGACGUGGUGCGGAACCUCGUGUGCCACCUGAAGAAGGGCUACAUGAUCGUCAAGUGCCGGGGCCAGCAGGACAUCCAGGACCGGCUGAGCCUGGCCGAGGCCCUGCAGAGGGAGAAGGCCUUCUUCGAGGACCACCCCUAUUUCAGGUAUCUUCUGGAGGAAGGAAGGGCCACUGUCCCCUGCCUGGCAGAGAGACUGACCACGGAGCUCAUCACGCACAUCUCCAAAUCUCUGCCUCUGCUAGAAAAUCAAAUUAAGGAGAGUCACCAGAAAAUAACAGAGGAGUUGCAAAAGUAUGGCGUGGACAUACCCGAAGACGAGAAUGAGAAAAUGUUCUUCUUGAUAGACGUGAGUGUCGCCCCGUGCGUCCAUGGGGAGACGCGUGUGCCGGGAGCACUUCUUUCUUACUCCCGAAAGCGGGUCCAAAUACGGGGUCCACAGCACCGGGCGGGGGCAGGGCAGGGUGCGGAGGUCUCAGGGAGGGCGGAGUCAGCAGUGAGAGACGUCACAUCUCGUCUCCUUGCCGCUUUGCCCUUGAUUCUAGAGCUGCCAGGAUUCGUGAAUUACAAGACGUUUGAGACUAUCGUCAAACAACAGAUCAGAACCCUGGAAGAGCCGGCUGUGGACAUGCUGCACAAGGUGACCGAUAUAGUCCGGAUGGCUUUCUCAGAUGUUUCGAUAAAGAAUUUUGAAGAAUUUUUUAACCUCCACAGAACUGCUAAGUCCAAAAUUGAAGACAUCAGACUAGAAAAAGAGAAGGAAGCUGAGAAGUCGAUCCGACUGCACUUCCAGAUGGAGCAGAUCGUCUACUGCCAGGACCAGGUGUACCGGGGCGCGCUGCAGAAGGUCCGCGAGGAGGAGGUGGAAGAAGAGAAAACUAAAAAGUCAAGCGGUUAUCAUCCUGUGCAGACUACACAAAACUCCAAAGAUUCUUCCAUGGCUGAGAUCUUUCAGCACCUGAUGGCCUACCACCAGGAGGUCAGCAAGCGCAUCUCCAACCACAUCCCCCUCACCAUCCAGUACUUCGUCCUCCAGAUGUACGGCCGGGAGCUGCAGAAGGGCAUGCUGCAGCUGCUGCAGGACAAGGACAGCUACAGCUGGCUCCUGAAGGAGCGCAGCGACACCAGCGACAAGAGGAAGUUCCUGAAGGAGAGGCUCUCGCGGCUGGCGCAGGCCCGGCGCCGGCUGGCCAAGUUCCCCGGUUAAUCGGGCUCUCUGCCCGGCCCCGUAGACACGCUUCCCCCCCCCAUAGCUGCACCCCCACCAUUCAGCCGCUGAACACUGUGUUUGGGCGCUCCGUGGCCAGGCCUGACGGGCACGGUCCCUGCUCAACCGUCAGCUGAUGAGGACUUAGUAAGUGGCUCUGGCGGCCAUCUGAUCUCCAGCGCUGAGACGACUGCCCUGCCUGCGGACGCGCAGGGUCUCCACGGGGUGAAUGAGGCCACGUUCCCGACCGGGAGGAAGUCUUUUCAGCCCCUAGAAUCACUCUUCCUCCCUGAACUCUCCUCUUUGAUUCGUUAGAAGCCCAUGCAUGCUAGCCACCCCAGGAGGGCUCUUUCCUGCUUUUUGUAAUGUCCUUUCAGGAACCCAGUGUUUUCAGAGCAUCGGUACCGCCUGUGUACGCUUCUAGGACUCGCACCUCUUUGUAAUAAACUCAUUUCUAGCAGA